UGCUAGCCUCUGCCAUCAAGUUCCUAUACUACGUCACAAGAGUGUGUUGACUUCAUGGACAUAUACGCAGUGUCUUAAACCAAGUGUUGUUUGUAGGUUCUAUAAUCUGACAAGUGUUGUCCAUUUCACUGAGGAAGUGAUAUAUACAACAAUGAAAUUGACACUGACGAAAGUGUUACACUACGGCUUGCUGCUGAUGGCCGCCUAUAUUGUUUACACUUGGCUUGUGCAGGAUAAAGACAAAGAUGACUAUGAUCGUCACCCUCGCAACAAAGAUAAGUUCAAGGACAGCGACACAGAGGUGAAAGGUGAAGGUCACAAGUAUGCUGAUAGGGCACGACAUGUCAAGGACGAAUCCCAAAACGUAGAAGAUGAACAAUGGGUCAAAGAUGUUAAAAAGCAGCAGCCCAGACAGCACGCACAACGACAGCAACGAGAAGACGAACAUGAAAGGAAUGUCGACAAAAAGGAGGAAUACGAAGACAAACGGAAACGAAACGAAAAAUAUACAAGGAACGACAAAAAAGAGCCCGCAGAAUAUAGAGAGCAAGAGAAAAGAAAGGAAGACAAUAGAAGACAAGAAAGAAAUGACCCUGACCUGAUUCCGGAUAUUGAGCCAAAAUUGGUCAAGGACUUAGAACCAAAAGUAGAACCGAAGGUGGAACCGAAGAAAGUCAUGGAAAUCGUGAUGGACGAUAGCUUCGACGGAGGCCAGGCUAACCGGGAUGGAAAGAAAGAGGAAGUAAAGAAAAUGAAGUGGAAAGGAAAGGAGGAAGACGGAGAAGACAUGUUAAAAGACCUCAACGAUGCUGCGCUGAAGGGAGACCCGGAUGUUCACAAGCAGAUCGACAGAAUCGGAGAUCAUAAAAACGUCAAAAUUCCAAAAUUGCAAAAGGGGUUUGGAGACGACCACGAUGACCUGAACACAGCGGCAGAUAAGAUACGGCGGAGGAAGGAGUUCUUUGAAAAAGUCAGCAAAUAUCAAUCAAGAGUUGAAGUCAAAGAGGACAAACACAUCCACGAAACAGAAGACGAUUUUGCGUUCGUCACAGCGGCGAACAGCGACACCUACGGGGGAGCGCUCAGGUUUAUUUAUAGCGUUCAGUUCAACUUCCCUAAAGCAGACAUAGGUAUAUUUGACAUCGGUCUCUCGCAACAAGAGGCCUCUUAUAUUAGAGAACUCUGCAGUGUAGAAUUGAUGCCCAACAUAUUGACGCUGUAUCCAGAACAUAUACUUGAAAAGCAGGAUGAAAAGUUCUGGAGGCCAAUUGUCUUGGAUAGCGCACUCAACAGAUUCGGCCAUUUUGUCUUCGUGGAGCCAAUGAGGUUCAUGAAGAAAGGCGUUGACCUCCGGGGUCACUUCGCCCUGUCGCGUAAAGGAGGUGCCGCCAUGUUCGGCCCCCUCAAGAGCUACUCAACCGCCGUGGUGACCAACCCCGAGAUGUAUUACUACCUGGCGAUCGACGUGCGUAAGAUGCUCCGAUUGCAACACGUGGAAAUCAAUAUGAUGAUCAUGCACAACUCGGCUCAUCUCAAACAUUUCUUCACAAGAUGGCUGGUGCAGUGUGCCUUGGAGGAGUAUUGUAUGGCUCCGCCAGGAUCCCAGAAGAAGUGUAACCUCAACCUCUACCCCAAGUCUAACAAGUACGCCAACUGUCACAGAUACGACGAGUCGGCUAUCAACCUUCUGUUGGCGUCGUGGCACAAUUAUGAUAUUGAUCAUUAUGCCGCACAUGACAUUGUGACGUCAUAUUUUGACGGCCGUGAUGUAGCACGGCUCCUGAAAGUCUGUAAUUUGUUGCCAAAAGAAUUGUAAGAAACGUUGAAAAUCGCUUCCCAAUCCAUGAUCUUCGGAUGUCUUCCGAAGGACUCUGAGAUGGAAAAGCAAGCUGCCAAGGCAACCACGAUCCGUGUUAUGUAUGUUGUACUCUAUCACACGUACAAGCAGUUGAACCUCGUUUUAACGUCAUCGUUUCAUCCGGCCAUUUUGUCGAUUUAAAUCGACCACAGCAAUACGAAGGUGUCUCGCCUUAAGCUUUGUUCUUCUCUUAAGGAUGCCUUAUGUCAAGAAUUCAUUUCAUCUACAUGGGCGAAGAGUCAUUUGAACAAUAUUGUAGAUAAAUAAGACAUUCCAUCGAUGUAAAUUAUUUGUGAAAAGUGUUUCAGCAACAUUGAAUGAAUGAUUAUUUAUAGACAUUACAUAUAAUGCGAUAAGGGGCUGUCGGGUAGCCGAGUGGUUAAAGCGUUCGCUCGUCACGCCGAAGACCCGGUUUGGAUUCCCGACAUGGGUGCAAUGUGUGAAGCCCAUUUGUGGUGUCCCCCGCCGUGAUAUUGCUGGAAUAUUGCUAAAGCGGCGUAAAACCAUACUCACUCACUCACUAUAAUGCGAUAAAUCUGUAAUUAUCAACAUGUGCAUCUACUUGCAGUGUCGAUGCUACUUCAGCAAUAUAAUAUGAUGAUGAAUAUUUCGUAAUAUUUGUGAAUAUGUAAUUUAUUAACUUAUUGGUUAAUAUGCGUUAUGUCACAACA